AUGACUUCAUUGAACGAGGAAACUGAUAUCGGCACCCUCCCAUGUUCAUUUCCCUUCCUAACUUUUGCCGAGGGCAGUGGUGGUGUUGAUUCCAGCACGCGAUGGAAUGACUUCUUUCCAUUUGAGGGGGCGACGCCAAGUGAACAGGAGCGUGUUGAUUCUAGCCGAUGCCUUCUCCCUUUAAUAUGCACGGACGCCUUUGAUUUUCUAGACCCAAGCGAAUUUGUAACCGAAGGUCUGUUUGAUGGGCCUUCCGUACCGAUGGCUUGUUUGGACCGAAGCACGUCGCCUAUGGUCGGUGUGUCGGCAUUUCCUCACGUCAGAAUGGAAAGUACCAACUCUCUCUUAGCAUCAAUUUCCAACAACACAGGCGGCGCGGAUACGGUGCGUAAUUUGGAGCGUGAUUCGACCGGGGAUGAUGUAUCGGCAGCUGCUGCGACCGAAUGUGCGAUUAUCCAUUUUCCAUGCGAGGAAGCAAAGAAUCAACCUGCCAUUAAUAUUGUUGGCGUUAACCCUUCCAAACCAGGUGGUGACAUUGCGUGCACUGGCCCUGUUGGGCAGCGAGACGUCAUUAUACCGUGGCAGCAGGCUCCGUUUGCCGAGCCCAAUGCCAAUCUUUCAGUUUCGGUUGUUAAUGCUGGUUGGACCGGGCGGAAAUUAAGUUUUUCACCCUCUGAUAGCGACCCUCUAAAUACGGACGGUGUUUUAUCGUCUAAAUGCCAUACUGCAGAUGCUUCUUGUCAAACGCCACCGACUUUACCAAGAAACCAUGGGGCGACCAACCUACCAACUGCAAUGGGACAGUUUCCCGUGAAUUUGAACAAAAGCAAUACGAGUACCCCGCAAGAUAUUUCUUUCCUUUUUGACGGUGAUUGUGUUGACUGCGGCAGGAACCACAGCAGCAACCGAAAUGAUCUUGGUCUUUAUCAUAAUAAUCGCAAUCCGGCGGUGGGGCACAAAAAUGAAGGCAUGCAAAUGGGCCAAAAAACUCCCAUUCAACGAAACACUUUUAUUUGCCCCACUCCACAACAGUCAGCAUUUGGGGUGGAAGCCUCAAAUAAUUCUAAAAUAACUAAAAAACAGCCUUCCGUAAACGUAUCUCGCAAAUCCAUCAAUGUUCACGGGCAACUACAAAAUAUACUACGAUACGUGCCGUACAUUUCCGUCUUAAUUACCAAUGAAAUAUUACAAAACCGCGGAGGCUCUAUCACGACAAGCACAGAAAGUAUGAACAUGGCCUUACUCUCUGGUAUAAACAAACAACGGACAUUGAAUAAAUGCCAAUUAAUACCGAUCUUUAUUCAAAUGUUUCCUUGUGAAUUGCGGGAUCGCACCAUUAUUGUCCUAAACCGUGUGGUUGAGGCGACAUGUGGACCUGAUAUUGCUACCGUUGUGGGUAUUGAGCCACGCUCCGAGACGUCGUUUAUCGCUCUUAUUCGCACAAACGACGUUUGGCAUCUGAUCCACAAACUGCGCUGUCGUGUGUUGAUGGACCGUCAUGGUUUUUGGUACGCCGAGAACAUGGAGCAGUACCUGCGACUAAAGGAGUACUGCGAGAGUGUGCGACGGCUGCCGCAGCAGAUACGCCACUUUCAGACGGACGGGCUGCCGUGCAUGCCUUUGGUGGUGGAGCUGUCGCGGAGUGUGAACGCGGCGUCCGUGACGUCUCUUCCGGCCCCGCCAUCAUUUGACGAGGUGGCGCCGAUCGCCACGAUGGAACGUAAUCGCAUGAAGCUGCGCCAUAGAACGUGUUUGAAGUAG